UUCAAGGCCGAUUCCAAGAUCGCCUCCACCGCCCUCAACGCCGCCACCCCGGCCGGCUACUUGAACAACUUCAAGAACGCCCCGGGCGCCAACAACGCCUACGCCUACCUGGGUUACGCCGUCGUCAACAAGGGCCGCACCGGCUACGACACCCAAUGGUGUGCCAACAAGUGCAGCUCCAUCAGCGGCUGCCUUUCUUUCAACAUCUACUUCGAGCGCGAUCCCAUCAUCGAGCCGGGCACCGGCUGCCGCAACCCUGAUGCCUUUGCCAACAUCAAGUGCUCCUUCUGGGGUACCGGCCUCGACAGCAAGACCGCCGUCAACUACGGCCAAUGGCAGGCCGACUUCCAGGUCGCUGUCGCCGGUUCCAACGCCUACACCAGCGCGACCCUCGGUGGCCCCGUCGGCCCCUACACCACCGUCCAGAAGCUCGACACCGCCAUCGUGAACGCCCCCCUCCGCGACUGCACCAACACCUGGUCCUACCUCGGCUACAAGCUCUACCAGUCCGGCCCUUACGACCCCAGCCUCUGCGCCGCCGCUUGCGACACCCAGACCGAGUACAACGCCGAGCACCCCGCCUCCGGCAAGGCCCCCGUCGUCUGCUCCGGCUUCGGCUCCUACAUCCUCACCAUGACCAACAAGACCGCCUCCUACCAGCAGGGCCAGAUGUGCACCCUCUACACCGUCAACGUCGACAAGCAGUACGCCGUCAACAAGGUCGCCUACAACGACGGCAUCGGCGCCAAGUACACCUACAGCCUGAGCUACUUCUACUCCCGCGCCGACCGCCAGCCCGUCUGCGGCCAGUAG